CUUUUCUAUUUUGCGGGGCGCAUUCGCUUAGUAAUAUCGGUGACGAUAUUGCACGACGUUUCGGUGUUUCUAUUAAUCAAGAUCUUUUUGUAUCAUUAUUAAUGAGACCUCGGUGUACAAACCGACAAUUGCCCGCGCGGGAUCGGUAUUUGCGCGCGAAAACAUGCCUCGGACAAAUUGAUCAAAGAGAUUGUCCUGUGGAGGUUACGGAAAAUGAGAUCCUAACGCCUAAAAAUGUGAACCAUUACCACAUACCGAAAAAACAGGGCGUUUGUGCACCAAUAACAUACAGGUACACCGAAGUCUGCAGACUGCCGAUGACUUUGAGCCACUCCAGGAAGCGCAUGGUCCCCACAGCCGUUCUCUAUGGCUCUCUAGCUAU